AUGUCCGGGAGCGAAGCAUCUGCCUCCCUUACCCGUCUGCCCAGCCCAACCAAGGUCAAGGCCGAGCACCAUAUCGUGCUUGUUGACCACACCAUCUCACGGACCCCCUCUUACAUCAAUACUGAUGCGGAGAACAGCGACGCCGAAGCUGCUUCCGCAACCCCGCCGAAUGGGAACAGACUAUCGAAGCGCCUGACCAACAACUCCUUGAGGCAGACCGUCCGCCAAGGCUACAACAAGCAGAAGUACUCCAAGUAUGGCCAGGAUCGUUACAAUGUGAAGAGCUCUGCAGAGACGCUGCCGGAGAACGACACGAUCAAUGCGCCGAAAGCAGGCCAGGAGGCAACGGCCGCAGAGAAGAGCUACCUGGAAAGAGCGCAGAACAAGGCCAAAGCAUACUUGAAGCGCAAGAGGACACUCGGUGCAGGUGAUGAGGAUGACACGAUCAUCGAUGUGUUAUACGAGAACCAGCGAGGCAUGUUCCUCUUCGGCAUCCCAAAGUACUCCUCGAACUCCCUGCUUCCCAGCGAUCCACGACCUUGGCAGAACGGCCAGUUCCGAACGAGCGCUGUCGACAUACGCAAUGCUCAAGUACCGGAUCCGAGCUGGGAGUGGGCAUGGAAGAGCUGGUACGUUGACAUGAGCCGGGAUGUGGAUGAAGAGGGCUGGGAAUACAGCUUCGCCUUCGUUGGUCGUGCUGGCGCAACUUUCGCAUGGCAUGGCAACCACCCUUGGUUCCACAGCUUCGUGAGGAGAAGGCGUUGGCUACGUAUGCGCAAGCGGAAGGACUUGAAACAACACACGAAGGAGAAGGGUCACCAGAUGACUGCCGACUACUUCACAAUACACCCAAAGACUGUGCGUCCGGCGUCUCUUAGCGAUAGUUUGGCCGGUGACAGCACCAUGAUGCAGGUAAUUUCGAAGUUGCGGGACCCUGUCCUGGAUAUCAAGAACAUGGAAGUCAGCAGCAUUGGUGAUCUCUUCCUUGCGCUGCGCAAGUCUGGGGUCGACCGAGAGAAGCUUCGCGCCAUACAGAAGUUCAUCGAUGAAGGCGGUGAAGAGCUGUACUAUCUCAGCGAUCGGAUGGAAGACAUCAUGCGCACGCUGGUGUUCCAAUCUUCCCGGAAACAACUUCUGAGCGAUCUGAUCGACCGGCACGGCGAGCUCCACAAAGAGCAAGAGCGACUAGCUUCUCAUGAGCACGAUGAGGAUAAUAACAAGCAAAAGGAGCACGACAGAUCAAAGCGACGCGCUGAGAAUCUGCACAAAGCCGUUGAGGCCGCGGAUGAGCAGGUCCGCAAGCUGGAGUACUGGUCAGAUAUCAAGGGCAUCAGCGAUGCCGAGAGUACGAUCACCAAAGACAAUCACAAUGAGCCAAGCUUCAAGAACAAGCAGCGUGCCAGCGCUGGCUUCAUACCUUCAACUGACCUACCAGAAGGCAGCAAGCAGGAUGGGUCCGAAAGGAGCAAGAAGAGCAGCGUCUGGUUCGAUGCGCACUCAACCAGAACCGGAAGCAAGGAGAACGGCAACGCAGAUUCCGAUGGCGACGAUGAAGAUGAGCUCGAACGCUACACCACAGCAUCAGAGGCUACCGACACCACGAACAGAACGAAGAAGAGCAAAGGCAAAGGCAAGGCGCGCGCCUUGGAUGGCGUCACAGAAGAGCAAGAGGAUGGCGAUGACGCAUUGGAAAUGCUCGUCAGUCCGGCCACUGGAGCACGAGGCAAGCGGCGCAGUGUCCAAAUCGUCGACCCGGUAGCGGAGUCACACAAUGGAUACGAUGACCACGAACGCGACGUGCUGAGUUCCGGCGUUGACACUGACCUUUCUGACGAGGAUGAAGGUACCAAGUCACCCGUGGAUCGCGGUGAAGCCAAGACACGAGACAGCAUCGGCGGUUUCUUGAAGACCAUGAGAACGAAGCCGAAGAACUGGAUCGAUCAGGCAUUUGGGUGA